CUUUGACUAACGUUACCAAGAAAAGGUUACGUUGCUGUGUAGUCACUGUAGCGACCAACAAAAGAAAGUCAAUUUGUAGCUAACUAACGUUAGUCAGUUUAGCUAAGAAGUGAUUACAACGACAGUAAAAUAAUAACAUUGCAACAACGUAGUUUACGUUAAAUAGCAUGUUGGCUAGGUGGGAUACAGCAGCUAGCAAACCAUAAUCACCAUGUCAGUUAGCUAUUCUAUUAGCUAUGAAAGUUUCUGUUUACAAAAUCAUGUGUAUUCUCCCCCAGCCAAAACUCAGGAUGAGUAAAAAUAAGGUGUUGAAUCUGAAGGACAAAAUCGAUGGCAACGAGAUGGAUCUGAGUCUCUGUAACCUCACUGAAGUUCCUGUUAAAGAACUAGCUGCCUUCCCUAAAGUCACAGUCCUGGACCUGUCCUGCAACAAUAUCACCUCCCUGCCUCUGGAGUUCUGCAGCCUGAGUCACUUGGUCAAGGUGGACCUUAGUAAGAACCUCAUGACCGUUCUACCUGAUGAUCUGGGUCGCCUUGGCAACUUGCAACACCUGGACCUGUACAACAACAAGCUGACCAUUCUGCCUGUCAGCUUCUCCCAGCUCAAGAACCUGAAGUGGCUGGAUCUAAAGGACAACCCUCUGGAAAUCAACCUGGCGAAGGCUGCAGGAGACUGUCUGGAUGAGAAACAGUGUAAACAAUGUGCUGCCAGGGUUCUCCAGCACAUGAGGAUCCUUCAGGACGAGGUGGACAAAGAGAGGGAGCGGCGCUUCCUAAAGGACAAAGAACUGGAGAAGAAGAAAGAGACGAAGCAGAGAGAGAGGGAGGCGAAAGAGAAGGAGGCGCGUAAACGAGACAAGGCAGAGGAGAAGGAGAGGAAGAGGAAGGAGUACAACGCUCACAUGGCUGCCUUGGCCAUCCAGGAACAGAAGAAUAAGAGAAAAGAGGAGAAGAAAAAGAGGAAUGGACAGAUGGCAGCAGAUAAGAAAGCAGCAGCUGAAUCCGCCCCCAAAGCCCAAAGACGCUCUCUUAUUGGCCUGCUGUUCAAGCUCCUCCUGCUGGGAUUGGCUGGCGUCGUAGGAGUGUGUCAACUGACGGGGCUAAAGGAGGAGGCAGUCUGUGUGCCAAUCAACAUUGCUGUGGAUGACGGCCUCUCCUGGGUCCGGGAACAGGAAGUAGAUGUGAGAGUCAGAGAGCUGGUGGAGGAAGUGGAUAUCAGAGCCAGAGAGCUGCUACAGAAACUGUCUUCUCUGGUGCCACAACUCAUGGAGCCGAUUGGAGUCGUACCCACGGCAACGGAACCCAUGGAAACGGUAGAAAACUGAGGAUGGACUGACGAGAAUGAAAAAUGGACGAUCAGCUUAAAUUCCUAUGGAAUUGUCCUGUCGUCGCUCCUGGUAUGUGCUGUUUUUAACCAGUGGCUGGCUGCGUCAAAAUUCACUUACACCCUAGUUCCCUACAGUAUGUGACUCUAGUCCAAAAUAGUUCACUAUUAAAAAGGAAUAGGGUGUGAUUGGAGACUUGCCCUGUGACACAUGCACACUCCCAAGUCAACUCCUAGCCACUGUAGAUCUGAAAGAUCUGGAUAGGUGUACUGGCAUUCAAUAUGAUGGAAAUUCACUUGCCUAAUAGAGGGCAAGAUGAAGCAACUAUAUACUGCUUAUACCUGUCCUUUCAAGUCUACACUGGUGCACAGGGCGUAAAAGGUAGGGGUUGAUUUGGGAUUGGGCAAUAGUGACAGGCCCCGCCUGUGCUGCAUUAAUCUGUGCAUCUUAGAUCUGGGGUAAAUUGGCUACACUCGGUUUUGUAAUGCGUCAUCUCUGCUCAAGGACGGUCAACAUUAAUAAAUGGCUAUAAGCUUGA